GACCCGGUUGGUUUUUGAUGCAGCGCGCGCGAGUGAGUUUUGCGUAGUGACGUCAUGCACGGAUGCCUAACAGGCAAAAUUAAAUCAUGGCUGCCUCCAUAGCGCUGCAAAAGUUCAGAGGCCGCAUGCUCAUGAACGGAAUGUUUCGGUCUAAAGUCACUCUCCCUCAACGGUUAAAAGAAGGAUGGUUUGGUAAAGCAGGUACCUAUAUUGCAAACAUUCUCCGGGACUACAAGGGCGCCACAUUAGACAUAUUCACUGAUGCCAGAGAGCGUCCAAUCAAGGCCACCAUCUACAUAGCCAUCCUUGGCUCUGCAGCCAUAGCCGCAUGGAACAACCCAGACGAGCAGUCCUACGACAGGUCUCUUUUGGACGCCCGCAAUGAUGUGCUUCUCCUCAGCGACCCCAUCCGCAACCGGGCCUCGGACCGGCACCUGCAGGGGCUGAUGGAACUGCGCAACCAGGGACGGAUCCGGCGUUUGAACCUGGUGGUGUGCUGUGUCAUGUGGCGGGACGAUUACAGUAAAGCGCUAGGGCGGUACGACUCGCAGUGCGAGUACCUGCGGCCCAGCUGGCGGGACUUUAACCAACGCGUCCUGGACGUUGGCCUCAUGAACAGGUGGUAUUACCUGGAGAAGGCCAUGGUAGACUAUGAUGUGAACGACGAAGAGUUUGCCACGACAGACAGUUAGCUGGCACAUUCGACACGUAUGAACUUCAACAGUGAAUAUGACCAUCUCUGAAUCACUUGGCUGUGGCUUGAAGUUACACACAAUUCUAUUGGAAGUGGCUUCAGCCACAACCAUAGAUGGAGAUCCAGUGCCUUGGGCUUAUGACAUGGAGAGAGUCCAAUCUGUUGAGCUUUUGAACGAUUGUGUAAAAGGUCCUAGAUGAUGCGUACAUGUAAAACAACACGAGCCCUGACCAUUCUGACCCUAUGCAUGUUUCGCGCGUGCCCUUUCAACAUGUUUUUCGGGCUCGCUGCAUGACGACUAUUUUAUGGAGUAGUGCGAGCGCUCUGUUCUCUGUGUUUGUUUGCCAAAACUGACACAGAAUGGAGCGCGCUCGCGCUGCAUUAUAAAAUGGUCACUGUGCAGGGAGUUGGGAAAACAAGUUCAAAGGUUGUGUGGGCGGUUCUGUUGGUCAAGUCUGCAUGUACUUCAAGCAUGCAAUUUCUUCACGGCAUGCAAUCCAGCUCUAUCCACCGAGAGCAAGAAGCACCCCCUCAUCGGUUGAUAAGAGCCAGUGUUGGUCAGGAGUGUUCAUUUUGUUGGUAGCGAUUCAACUGUUAUGCGUGCACUUCUUAGUUGUUUGUGAACCAGCUAAGUGCAGUCCCUACCAAAGGAGCCUGCAUUACUAAGAUGAUCGUGCCCUCUCUUGGUCCAGUUCGGGGGCUCAAACAGUAAAUCUCUCCAUGUCAUGAGCCCAUAGCACUAGAUAUUUCAGUCUGCCCUCGACUCAUCCUCAGAUCAGUUGCUGAACUGACCUGAGUGUCCAAUUAACUGUUGCACCGACAGCAUUCAAGAAACUUCAGUGUGUGCCCAGAGAUGGACAGCACUACAGGGGUGAGCAACCACACAGUCCAAGGAGCGCCAAGCUCAUUCAUCAUCUUAUGAGCAAAUUAGCUAACAGCAGAAGGCGUUUCUACCAAGCUGCUAGGUUUGAUUGAGCCCAGCUGUCUAGUAUCCUGCCAACUUGGGAGACAUUACACCAAAAGAGCAAAGUCCAUAGAUAACAUGCAGUCUUUUUCACAUUUAUCUUCAAUCUUGCUUGGUUAACAUAUGAGUUUAUCUCCCCUUUGGGAAAGACUUUUUUCUUCCAAGAAGUUCACGUAUAGUUUUUGGACAUCCCAAGGGCAUAUGGCACCCAUGUCAUGGAAAAUCAAUGGACCACAGACUUGUACAUGUAUAUUGACAGCAGAAAAGGAAGGUCUUGUGUCAUGGUACAUAAAUCUUAAUUGUACUUGAGCUGUGAGAUAUCCAAGUGCCCACUUGGGAAUGCUUUUUACAUCUUUUGCAGCCAAUCUAAGGAAACAAAAUUCAACUAAAAGUCUAGUGCAUGGAUGAUGGAGAGAAAGUAGAUCUUCAUGCAGUUGUACAUAAAUAAGAAAUA